AUGUCCUCGCCACCCCCAGCAGGGAUUUACGUCCCCGUCCCUACAUUCUUCGUCUCCAAAUCCCACCCAGACUACGACCCCGCCAUCCCCCCCAUCGACAUCACCACCCAGUCCGCCCACGCAAUCUACCUCGCGAAAUCCGGCAUUAAAGGCCUCGUCAUAUUCGGCAGCACCGGCGAAUCAGUACACAUCCACCCUCGCAACCGUAGAGCUCUCCUCCAAGGCGUGCGGGACGCGCUCACACAGGAGGGAUUCCCGGACUACCCCAUCAUAGCGGGCACCGCCACCGCCAGCAUCGAAGAGACGGUCGAGCAGCUCGCUGAUGCGAAGGAAGCAGGUGCGCAAUGGGGAAUGGUCCUCGCGCCGGGGUACAACGCCGCCGUCACACCGCAGGACGGUAUCGUGCAGUGGUUCACUGCUGUCGCGGAGAGGAGUCCCAUCCCGAUCCUAGUCUACCACUUCCCCGGUGUGUCGAACAUGGUCAAACUCACACCCGCGACGUUUGCGACCCUCGCCGCGCAUCCCAACAUCGUGGGCUGCAAGCUCUCACAUGGGGAUGUUUCGCAGCUGACGCAAAUUGCGUUGAACCCCGCCAUUGACGCGAGGAGUUUCCACGUGUUUACCGGCCUGGGACAGCAGCUCGUCCCGGUGGUGAGCGUGGGCUGUGUGGGUGCGAUUGAUGCCUCGGCGGGGUUCUUCCCCAAGUCGCUGGUGAGAUUGCUGGAGUUGGCGGGCAAGACGCGCGCUACGGAUGAGGAGGUUCAGGAGAGGAGGGAGCUGCAGUACAGGGUGAGCUGUAUGGAGGAGAUUGUGGUGAGGCAUGGGAUCGUGGGCAUCAAGGAGGCGAUUAGUCGGUUGAGGGGGUUUGGGGACGUGGAUGGAUCGAGGCUGCCUCUGCGGGGGGUGGUGCAGGGCGAUGGGGAGUGGGAGAAGUGGGAGGGUGUGUUGGCUGCUUUAGAGGAGGUUGAGAGGAGGUUGUAA